AUGCCACCUCCCACAACAUCACCAAUUUCCCACUCUCUUCCCCUCACGCUCAUCGUCGCGACGACGCCCAUCCGCGUCGCGUCAGCUCACACGCACGAUGAAACGCGCCUCGGCAUAGGCCUAAACGGCACACUACCCUGGCCACGCAUAAAAACAGACAUGUCAUUCUUUGCGCGCGUAACAUCCCGCCCCCCGCAAAAAGGAACAACCAACGCAAUCAUAAUGGGCCGAAAGACCUACGACUCUGUACCGAAGUCUCUCCGUCCGCUCGGGAAGAGAAUUAGCGUUGUCAUCUCGCGGGAUACGACCGGUUCUGUAUCCGAGAGCGUGUUGAAGGAGCUAGAGGCCAAGAAGGCCAAGAUGGCUGCUAAGGCUGCUGAAGAAGGGAAAGAGAAAGUCGAGGAACCGGGGCAAGAAACUGAUGCGAUUGUUAUGCCGAGUUUGGAUGCUGCGCUUAAGGAGUUGGAGGGAAUGGAAGGAUUGGGGAAGAUUUUUGUUAUUGGGGGGGCGGAGAUUUAUGGGGCUGUGUUACGGGAUGCGAGUGAUGGGUUGAAACUUCGUGGACGACCUGUUAGAGUUGUUAUGACGAAUGUUGUUAGGAAGACUGAAGGUGGGGAGGAGGUGCUGUUUGAGUGUGAUACUUUUUGGCCGUUGGAUUCGAUGGAUAAGGUUAGUGGGUGGAGGAGCGUUGGUUCUGAGGAGCUUUCGGAGUGGGUUGGAGAGGAGGUUACUGGGGAGUGGAAGCGUGAAGGGGAAUGUGAAGUGCAGAUGGUUGGGUUUGAGAGGUUGGGAUAG